AUGAUCAAGAUUGAUUGUUUAAAUAUAUUCAAGAUAUUGGAUAAUAACAGUCCUCUUGAACACGCUGCAGUUCAAGACUUCCAGACAGUGUAUGACCAUGACACUUUUAGCAAAGAUGACAAAAUGGGAGAUGUUGAGUUUGACAUCAGGCCUUACGUAGAAGCCUUGAAACAGGAUUUGGAAGACAUCCUGAGUGGAACCACAAUAUCAAGAGUGCAACCGUGCAGGACCAACUGCCUGUCUGUAGAGUGCGGUGAACUGGAAAUCGAACUUAACUGGAUUGACCUUCCUGGGUCUAAAGGUGUAUAA